AUGGCUAAUGACAACAAGAAGCCAGAGCAGUUACAGCCACAUCCAGUGAAGGAACAACUACCUGGAGUCCAAUACUGCAUCAACAGCCCUCCUCCAUGGCCUGAAGCAAUUGUGCUUGCAUUCCAGCACUAUCUCCUCACACUUGGCAUCACUGUCCUGAUACCCACCUUGAUUGUUCCUCAAAUGGGCGGCGGAAAUUUUGAGAAGGUGAGAGUGAUACUGACAUUGCUGUUCAUAUCAGGAGUGACCACUCUCUUGGAGACACUAUUCGGUACCCGGCUUCCAUCCAUUGCAUCUGCUUCCUUUGCCUAUGCCAUACCAAUCACCUCCAUCGUCACUGCCGAUCGAUUCCAGUCCAUUGCAGACCCUCAUGAGAGGUUUCUGCAAACAAUGAGAGCAAUCCAGGGUUCUCUCAUCAUCACUGGCUGCUUCCAAGUAGUCAUGGGGUUCUUGGGUCUUUGGAGAAACACUGCCAGAUUUCUUAGCCCACUUUCUCUUGCUCCAUGUGUUACUUUUUCUGGGCUUGGACUCUAUUAUCUUGGUUUCCCUGCUUUGGCAAGAUGUGUGGAGAUUGGGCUUCCACAAGUCAUCAUAAUGGUGUUCAUCACUCAGUAUCUUCCACACUAUGUGAAGUUUAAGAGGCCACUUUGCGAUCGAUUCGGGCUGCUAUUCUCGGUCCCUAUAGUAUGGCUGUUUGCUCAGCUCUUGACAUCAAGUGGAGUCUAUGACCACAAAUCUGUUGUCACCCAGUUGAGUUGUCGCACUGAUCGAUCUGGAUUCGUCUCUGCAGCUCCUUGGGUCUUUAUUCCUUCCCCAUUUCAAUGGGGAAGCCCCACAUUUAAGGCUGGAGAAGCUUUUGCAAUGAUGGCUGCUUCCUUUGUUUCUCUGUUUGAGUCAACUGGUACAUUCUAUGCAGCAGCUAGAUAUGGCAGCGCCACACCUGUCCCUCCUUCAGUUGUCAGCCGUGGCACUGGAUGGCUGGGAUUUGGAGUCCUGCUGAAUGGAGUAUUUGGCAAUGUGACUGGCUUUACAGCAUCAGUGGAAAAUGCAGGGUUGUUGGCUCUUACUAAAGUUGGGAGCAGAAGGGUAAUCCAGAUAUCAGCAGGAUUCAUGAUUUUCUUCUCUGUAUUUGGCAAAUUUGGAGCCUUUUUUGCAUCCAUACCAAUGCCAAUCAUGGCAGGCACAUACUGCAUCCUCUUCUGCUAUUUCUCAUCAGCAGGGCUUGGCUUCCUCCAAUUCUGCAACCUCAACAGUUUCAGAACAAAGUUCAUCCUGGGCUUCUCCUUCUUCAUGGGCAUCUCCAUUCCACAAUACUUCAGAGAGUACUUUCAACUCACUUCUCAUCCUCACUCUGGUUCCAGAUGGUUCUAUGAUAUAGUGGUGAUCAUCUUCAUGUCUCACACAACAGUAGCUGCCUUGAUCGCCUUGUUCUUGGACUGCACUCUCACAGGCGAGACCACCGACGAGGAGACGAGGAAAGACAGUGGGAUGAAAUGGUGGGACAAGUUCAUUCAGUGCAGCUCGGAUAUAAGGAGUGACGAGUUCUAUUCCUUGCCCUGCUGCCUUAACAAGCUCUUCCCAGCUCAUUAGAAGCAUGAACUAGCUAGACAGACUCACAGACAUUUGUUCUUCCCUCGUUAAAAAUUUACAUUAUUUUGUAU